CCGAUGUCACCGAUGGAUAAAUCCCAGGAAUGGUAGUCGAACGCAGAACACGACGGCGGUUAGAUGGAAUAUGGCUCUCUCCAGAGGUUUGAGGUGCUGUCAGAGGGUUUUCUCUUGGAUACCUGUCCUUAUUAUAACCUCCGUGGUUUUGUGGUCAUACUACGCCUACGUAUUUGAGCUAUGUCUUUUUACACUCACCAGCACAUUAGAAAAGGUGGUCUAUCUACUGGUAUUUCACGUUUGCUUUGGGAUGUUCUCCUGGACCUACUGGAAGUCCAUCUUCACCCCUCCUGCAUCACCAUGCAAAAAGUUUCAGCUGUCCUACUCAGACAAGCAAAGAUACGAGAUGGAAGAGAGGCCAGAUGCUCAGAAACAAAUCCUGGUUGAGAUUGCAAAGAAACUACCCAUCUUCACUCGAGCUCAGUCUGGAGCUAUCAGGUUCUGUGACCGCUGCCAGGUACUGAAGCCUGACCGCUGUCACCACUGCUCAGUUUGUGAAACAUGUGUCUUGAAGAUGGACCAUCACUGUCCCUGGGUGAACAACUGUGUGGGCUUUUCCAACUACAAGUUUUUCCUGCUUUUCCUCUCCUACUCCAUACUUUACUGUGUAUAUAUUGCAGCAACAGUUUUUCAGUAUUUCCUCAAAUUCUGGGUGGGGGACUUGCCAAAUAAGCCUGCAAAGUUCCAUGUCCUCUUCCUCAUGUUUGUGGCGCUCAUGUUCUUAGUCAGUCUCAUGUUCCUCUUUGGCUAUCACUGUUGGUUGGUGGCCAAGAAUAGAUCCACGUUAGAGGCCUUCUCAGCUCCAGUUUUCGUCAGUGGACCAGACAGAAAUGGCUUCAAUGUCGGCAUACGCAAAAACCUACUGCAGGUAUUUGGAGAGAAUCGGAGACUGUGGUUCAUCCCUGUCUUCACAAGCCAAGGGAAUGGCCACUACUUCCCCUUGAAGAAUCAGACUUCUGAGUCACAGAAUCCUUUAUUAGCUAAUGAGGACAUGUGGGAGGAAUCAGAUGAUGGGUCUGAGGAAGGCAGCUUGGUUGAGGACCAAGACCCUUCUGUUACUAUAGAGAUGGAAGAAUAAUAAUUUAAUGCAAGGACAGAGGUACAAAGAAUGUAUAGUAAUAUCAUACACACUGUGUACCAUGAGGCAAAUGCAUUCCAAAAAAAAAUCAUAUGGACACUGAAAAAUAUUCUGAAGGGGGCCAAACUUGUGGAUCAAAUCCUGCAUUUGGAUUGUCAUUACCACUUUUACCAUGGCAUUUUACAUAAGGAUGAAUAGAGGACCUCAAUGGAUGACAAGCAGCAGCAUCACCUCUCCUCUCGUGGAUGGAUAAAUCACAGUAUCACAGUUUGAUUCAGAAAAACUUACCUCACAUACAGAUCGGAAACAGUUGUAUAUUUGCCGGUGGUUAUUCAUCUCAAGACCAAGUGUUGUUUCAGUGUUGGGCUGAGUUUAGAGAUGCAGCUUAGUUUUCUCUGUGCUGGGCAGUAUCUAAAUUAACUUCGCACUGAUAACAUUCCAGAGGUCUCCUGUAGUCAUCACUUGUCUGACGUCUACUGGUUUGGGUCUUGCAGCAUAUUAACAUUAGACUUUAUUAUUAUUCUUUUAUUUCCUUCACUUAACGAGAGCAUACUAGAAUAACUGACUUAACCUACACCUUAUUAAUAUAUUUAUUCCUGUGUUAUGGGAGCUUAUUUCUUCAAGAAUGUCUAGCAUCCUGCUUGGGAGUAGACAUGCCAACGUUUUGGGCAUCUAGUUACAGAACUUAUCAUAUGUAGUCCUCAUAACCGUUGAGUUAAAUGCCAUUACAGGUCUGAUCAGACUGGUGACAGUAAUUUAAAAAAAGGUUCUGGUUCACAGCUACAGUUCAUUACAUCUGAAAAUUAAUGCUGACAUCUCAAAGAUAGUAUUAUGGCAAACUUAAUAUAAUUAUCAUUUCUCAGUGGUCUUGCUGAAUAUGCUGCAUUAUAUUAUCACUGACUAAAAUACAGUUGGCUGCAUUGCUAAUUAAUACAAAUAUGACUGGGAUGAGCGUACAAGACAUACUGUGAUAAUCUUUUUUUCAAAUAAUAAUCCCAAUCCUGUUUUCUACCAUGUCAGCCAUCCCUAAUACAUCUGUGUGGAUGCAAAGUGAUAAGUGAGAAUGGUUUUUGACAUAGGCACAAAAUCAUGCAUAGGAGAGGACAGAGAUUCUUCUAUGUCCUUUUUCAUUUUUGAUCUUUUUAAACAUGCAGAUAACUGUACAUAGAUAUCUGACAUCUGUUCCUCAUCCACUGGUUGGUAGAGGUCAGGAGUCUUCUGCAAUAUGAUGUUUAGAUUUUUUUCUACCUGGUUUAUGGAUAUUGAAAUUUUUAAUAUCAAUGAAACUGAUUCUCCUAUAGAGUUUUAUGGAUUUUUAUUUACUUGGUUAAACCACUUCUGUAAUUUACACCCAUUAAUAAAGUGUGGGGAAAAAAUAGAACUUCAUCCUACCUUAAUGGUGUUUGCUAAACCAGAUCUUCUUUUCUGUGUUGGGGAAGCCAAAUAAAAUGCUGCUCAUGUUGAGAAAGCUGAGAUGUCAUUUACUGAUUAAAGCCGUAUGUCCUUUUUAUCUUAUGUAUGAUUCAGUGUUUGACAGCAUGUAUAAAAAAAAAAACCAUUAGGGAAGAUGUGGACGUUGAGUGUUUCAUGUAUAUUCGUAUAUUUAUUGUUAUAAUGUUCAGCUUUUCCUGGCGAGUUUAUGGAUUCAUAGCUGCUGCAGGCAGUGUCUGUAUAUGUUGCUCCAUCAAAUGACACUUAAUAUACUGAAACUAUGUGCUUUUAUCAGAUAGUAGGAUAUUUAUAAAAUGAAAAGAUGACAUUUAUACCCAGUUUGCAGACAGGAGUUCAGUGUUGUUUAAAUUGUCUUUGGAGUAUGUGAUUGUG